GAAAUCGGCGAGAUUAAAUCGGAAGCCGCCGAGCUUGGAGAGGGAAGCGAGCACCGGAGGAAGAGGGCGCCUGGGUGUGGAGAGGAGGAGGAACCCGCCUUCGAAGGUACGGAUGAGCGCGCGGCGCCUCCGCGACGCCCUGCCGGCGUCGCGGAGGAUUGUGGUAGUCGGAGGCGCGUUGGGUUCACCCCGUUAACCUCCCCUGGAAGUUGCUACGGGCUCUGUGUGCGCUAUGGAUGUACCGGGUUUCGUCUGGCCAUCGAGAGGCCUAGCACCGAGAGAGAAGGACGGAGUAGCAACGCAAGCGGUGGCAGACUGAACGCAAGUCGACCGACCCCGAAGUUGUCGGCAAGCGCCGGGCACGAGCUCAACAAGACCGACAAAAGGCGCGUGCUCGGCAUGCCCAGGAGACUCCCGAAGAACAUGCUAGGCGGCUUGCGACAAUGCACAAAAAGGGAACAGCUAGCACCUAUACGCUUGCGCGUAACCCUCGUUCACGAAGUGAGACGUCACUAUAAUUUCUUUUUUUUUUUUGUACACGUACCUAAAUGAGCUAGCCAUACAUCGGUCUCCGUUCAUAUUCCUCGGUCGUUUUACGAAGCAGAUUUGGCACUGAGCCUCUCCCGCACUUGGAAUCACGUCCAAACCAUGUCUCCCUGUAAGGUGUUUAAUUUGUGUUUCUUUCAUGAGCACCCAAUGGUGAUUUUCUCGCAGCACUUUGAUUAAUAUCCAGUAUAGGACGCGAAAGGGUGACAUCUUUCGGCGCUCACGCAAACUUUUCGAUGCACAGACUUGCCGGCACGAUAUACCAGCAUUCCAGCCUCAAAAAUCAUUUUUGACGACGGGUGCCUCUUCACAGAACAAGUAAUCACUUAGAUUUUUAAAAAAAGAGACAGAACACUUUGUGGUUUUUGAAGCGCAUCAUAUUUCGAAAAACUUAUAUAUUGCAACAACUGACUCCUGAAAAGGGAAUUCGCUGUGUCUCCCUUUUUUUUUUUUUUUUUGUAUGUCACAUGCUGCUCUUUCUAAAUCCUUCAGAGAAAAGGGAAGGUUAGGGAGGUUAACCAGGCUGAAUCCGGUUGGCUACCCUGCACAGUGGAAGGAAAGGAUACUGAAAGAAUAGAAGAAACGAGUCUCGCAGUAUGCACAAACACGCACACAAAGAAGCGUUCAUCGUUCAGCUCACCACAAGCGGUCACAACAUCGACCAAUUAGUAAACCUCGCAAAACUGCUGCAUAUUUGCUCCUCAUCUUCUUCUGGCAGCCAGCAGUUAUCAUCCCCUAUUCUCUAGCUACGGCUAUAUACUACACGUAAGAAAGAAAAGGGAAAAAAAUAACUAAGCGAAUAUUUACGUGUAUGCUGACUUACGUUUUAGAGAUGCCUUGUUCAUUUAUUUUCCCCAACACAAAGCUUCUUCUUUAUUUGUCUCAGUGAAUGCGCGCUCUUUGAAAAAGGAUGCCACCAUCGUCAUCAACAUAGAUGCUCCCGAUAGAUAUGGUCCCCUACUACCUGCAUUCAAAGGCGCUGCUGAAUCAUCUGCGUUGACUGGGACUCAAUGUCGUUGUAAGCAAGAGGUUCUCUCGCACUGUUUGCGGUACAUAAUUUUCAUACAAAGGUGAGAUAUGGGGCCAGUUAGCCGCCCAUUGGCGCAGCAGCAACCGGAAGAGGGCCACAUCAUACCAGAUGUUUGAUGCAGGUUUUCACUGCACUGUUUUACUGCUCUCUUCAUUGGCGACCUGUACGUUAACUGCUCGAGAAUAUGUAGCGUAUCGAAGACAUGUUCUAUUAUUUCUCACCCCACAGCAGAAAUUGCGUUGCGUGAGAUGAUCUACAAAAGUGAUAUCUUCUAAAUUUUUGCUCGCAGCUCGCUUCUCUAUACAGACGAUGGAGCGACAGUAAUAUUUCCUUUAUUGUUAAUUGGAGACAAGAGAUCUCAAAAAGGUGCUUUUUUUUUCUUGCAGAAUAAUAAAAGCAUGACGUCAGCUCAAGUGUUUGAUGAUAUCCCGUCCAAACGCCGAGCUCCUUCCACAUGGUCAAAGCAAACAGGCAACAAGCGUCUGCUCAUGUGGAACUGGAAGACAGGUUCUCCACGAGCCAUUUGGAGCUUCGGCACGACGGCGGCACGGUCCGCUUAUCGUACCUGAACGUGCUCAUGACGUUCAUGCUGUUCCUGACAGUGUUCAUGAUGGCGUCGGGCGUUGCCGUGUCGGCCGCCACCAGCUGGCUCGUGGGCUCGGUGCUCAUCCUGCCGGCCGUGCUGCUGCUCUGCGCCACGGCUCUCGUUGCCACCUGGGUCAUGGGCCGACACUCGGUGCACGAGCGCAGCUCCAGUGACCCGUUCCCGAGCGUCGUCUACUCGCCGCUGGCGCAGCACGACACUGACGUCAGGCAUGGCUUCGCUGCCAGGGCCGAAAGUGGCAUACUGCCGCAGCGUGACCCCGAGAAGCCACGGCAGCAGUCCCGCAGGGGUUACACAAACGUCGUCUCUUUUAUGGAGUAAAAGCGACCGUCUGUCCUUCACAGCCAAUCGUUGUCUCAUGCCUUUUGCCUAUUUGCUACAUCGUAGCGUUUGUUCCUGAACUCUCUUCAACAUAAAACAAUAGUCCUAUGUUCACUGACAAGA